AUGGUACACAGCUUGAGAGGAGUCAGACUAGAGCUAUACCAAGAAAGUCAAAGCAGAGUGCUAGAAGGGGUGGUGCUAGGUAAAGCUAAUGCUAAUGCUAAUGCUAAUGCUAUAGUUUUCAGUGGAAGAGCUACAAGUACAAGCUUAGCCACCACUAAGGGCUUGAAGAAGACUUCUGAUGUGCAACGGGAACCUGUGUAUAGUUCAGGUCCAUCCAGUAGUGAUGAAGAUUGGAGAAACCAAAGUGGUGAUGAUGAUAAGCCAAGUGAUGAUGAAACUGAAAUGGAUAACAGUGAAGGUGAUGCAGCUGGUUUUGAAAACAAGAGUGAUAGAAAUAGUGAGAAGAGUUUUGAUGAUAUAUUUCCCAGUGAAUUUGAAGAUGUUGUUUCUAAUGACUCUAGGAGAGUAACUUUGGAAAAAGGAAAAAUUUUUAAAGAUGUGUAUCACUUCAGGUCUGUCCUACAGGACUUUGUGAUUCAAGAGGGAUUUGAGAGGUUGUUUGUGAAAAAUGAAAGCUACAAAGUCAGUGCUAGAACAGAACACAAGAGUGUUACAUCAAAAUGGAUAGCAGAAAAAUUUGCAAAUCAGGUUAAGACUAAUCCAAACAUAAAUGUGAAGACAAUGAAGGCAGUUUUGGGUUCAACAGGAAUUCAAGUCUCUUAUAUGAAGAUGUACAUACCACGCAACAUUGUUGUAGAAAUUAAUCAAGGUAGCUUUGCACAGUCAUAUGCACUGUUACCUGAGUAUGCUGAUUUGGUCUUGAAGAACAUGCCUGGUAGUAUCGUUAGGCUACAUUAUAAUGAUAGGCAAGACAUGUCACAACCUCUAGUGUUUAAGAGGUUGUUUGUAUCAUUUCAUGCAUACACUGAAGGUUUUAAGAAGGGAUGCAGACCAUUCAUUGGUAUUGAUGGAUGUCAUCUCAAGGGAAAGUAUGGUGGUGUUCUACUGUCAGCCAUAUUUGUUGAUGGGAAUAAUGCCUUGUUCACCAUUGCAUUUGGAAUAGUAGAAGUAGAAUGCAAAGACAGUUGGCUCUUUUUCCUUGAGUGUUUAAAUGAGGGACUUGGAGAUGCCAGUCAUGAUCAAUCUCUGACUUUUAUGUCAGACAAACAGAAGGGACUGUCUGAUGCAAUUGGUAUGAUCUUCCCAUAUGCUCAACAGAGAUGUUGCAGCAGACAUCUAUAUCAAAAUUUCAAAAAAUUGUUUCCUGGUCCAGUUUUGAAGCAGUAUUUUUGGUCAGCAUCAAGAGCCUAUACUGGCAUCCAGUUUAAGAGAGAGAUGAAUUUUAUUAGAGAGCUUAACAAUGAAGCCUAUCAGUGGUUGAUUAAAAAUCCCUUAACCAUGUGGGCAAGGCAUGCAUUUGAUGAUAGAGCAAAGAGUGACCAUGUCACUAAUAACUUGUCUGAAUCUUUCAACCAAUGGAUAGCAGACUUAAGACACAUGCCUAUUCUUACCUUAGUUGACCAACUAAGAGUGAAGAUGAUGAAGAGAUUGUAUAGAAUGUAUGAGAAAGGCUGUGGUUAUGACAUUCAUGAUAUAGUCACAACAAAUGUGAAGAGAAAGUUGGACAUGGUGCAAGAAAAGGCAAGGGAAUGCAUUGUUCAUUCAUCUAGUCCACAUACCUUUGAGGUGCAAGAUAUGUUUCAAGGUCGGUUCAUGGUUAAUUUGAUAGCUCACACUUGUACCUAUAGAAUAUGGAAUUCUAUUGGACUGCCAUGUAAACAUGCAGUAGCAGCUAUCACUUUCACGAAGGAAAAAAUAGAACAAUAUUGUGAUGCAUUCUAUAGUGUGAAGACAUAUAUGGAUGUAUAUAGUGGGAUGAUCCAGCCACUUCCUGAUCUAUCUGAAUUGAAACCAACUGAUCCUACCAAGCUAGUACAACCUCCAAUUCUUAAAAGGAGACCAGGAAGACCUCAUACAAGUAGGAAGAAGGAUGGUGAUGAGGUGAACAAUCUGAGAUCAAAGCCUAUGAUAUGUAGCAACUGCAAGCAAUCAGGUCACAACAAGAGAAAAUGCCAGUUAGCUCCAGUCAAGGGCACUGGAACUUCUACCAGUCAGGGAGGUGGUAUGAAGAGAAAGAAGGUGAAUGAGAGCCAAGAUGGUACCUGCAACUCUCAAAGAAUUACCAGGUCACAGGCAUCUACAGCUAUGACACAAGAGAGUAUACAGGAAAGGACUGUGGCCAAAUUGACCAAGAAGCAUGCACGCAGGAAUGAACAAAGGGCAGCAGCUAGGAAGAUGGGUAGCUGA